AUGAUGGAGCUACAAGUUAUUUGGAUAAUAAGAUUGGUUGUGGCGUGUGUUCUUUGUCUGUGUAUAUUUAUCAGAUCGGCUUCUUCUGCAACUGAAGGGUUUGAGAGCAUAGCAUGCUGUGCUGAUUCAAAUUACACAGAUCCAAAAACCAACCUAAAUUACACAACAGAUUACAGGUGGUACUCUGACAAAAGUAGUUGCAGACAAAUACCCAAAAUUUUGUUAAGCCAUAGAAGCAAUGUAAACUUUCGACUGUUUGAUAUAGAUGAAGGAAAGAGGUGUUACAAUUUGCCAACAAUUAAGGAUCAAGUGUAUCUGAUAAGGGGAAUAUUUCCGUUUGAUAGUGUGAAUUCUUCGUUCUAUGUUUCAAUUGGGGCAACAGAACUAGGCGAAGUGACGUCGUCUAGGCUUGAGGAUUUGGAAAUUGAGGGAAUUUUUAGAGCCCCCAAAGAUAAUAUAGACUUCUGCUUAUUGAAGGAGGAUGUCAAUCCCUUCAUUUCUCAGCUUGAAUUGAGGCCAUUACCUGAAGAAUACCUACAUGAUUUCUCUACCAAUGUUUUAAAACUGAUAAGCAGAAAUAAUCUUUGUGGCAUAGAAGAAGACAUCAGGUUCCCUGUUGACCAAAACGAUAGAAUCUGGAAAGAAACUUCAACUCCAUUGAAUGCUCUUCCACUGUCUUUCAAUGUCAGUAUUGUUGACCUCAACGGCAAAGUGACGCCUCCCCUAAAAGUCCUACAAACAGCUCUUACUCACCCUGAGCGAUUGGAGUUCGUCCACAACGGCCUCGAGACCGAAGAUUAUGAAUACUCUGUGUUACUCUACUUUCUGGAACUAAAUAACACUCUCAAAGCAGGAGAAAGGGUGUUUGACAUCUAUCUAAACAGUGAGAUUAAAAAGGAGAGUUUUGAUGUAUUGGAAGGAGGAUCCAAAUACAGUUACACUGUCUUGAACAUUUCAGCAAAUGGAUCGCUCAAUAUAACCUUAGUCAAGGCAUCUGGAUCUAAGUUUGGACCCCUUUUGAAUGCCUAUGAGAUCCUGCAGGCGCGACCAUGGAUUGAUGAGACCGACCAAACAGAUUUGGAAGUUAUUCAGAAGAUGAGAAAAGAGCUGCUGCUGCAAAACCAAGACAAUGAAGCAUUGGAGAGUUGGAGUGGAGAUCCUUGUAUGCUUUUUCCAUGGAAAGGAGUAGCAUGUGAUAGUUCAAAUGGUUCAUCUGUCAUCACUAAGCUGGAUCUUUCCUCCAGUAAUCUCAAAGGAACAAUUCCUUCCAGUGUCACUGAGAUGACCAAAUUACAAAUACUGAACCUGAGCCACAACCAUUUCGAUGGUUAUAUCCCCUCGUUUCCACCGUCCUCCUUGUUGAUAUCAGUAGAUCUGAGCUACAAUGACUUAACGGGACAGCUUCCAGAAUCCAUUAUCUCCCUGCCACAUUUAAACUCAUUAUAUUUCGGCUGCAAUCAACACAUGAGCAACGACGAUGAAGCCAAAUUGAACAGUUCACUAAUCAAUACAGAUUAUGGGAGAUGUAACGCAAAAAAACCCAAAUUUGGACAAGUAUUCAUGAUUGGAGCUAUUACAAGUGGAUCAAUUUUGAUUACUUUGGCUGUUGUAAUUCUAUUUUUUUGCCGUUAUAGACACAAGUCAAUUACUUUGGAAGGAUUUGGUGGAAAGACCUACCCAAUGGCAACAAAUAUAAUUUUUUCCUUGCCAAGCAAAGAUGAUUUCUUCAUUAAGUCUGUAUCAGUUAAACCAUUCACUUUGGAGUAUAUAGAGUUGGCAACAGAGAAGUACAAAACUUUGAUAGGUGAAGGAGGAUUUGGCUCUGUUUACCGGGGCACACUAGACGAUGGUCAAGAAGUGGCAGUGAAAGUCCGGUCAGCCACAUCAACUCAGGGAACCCGAGAAUUUGACAAUGAGCUAAACCUACUUUCAGCUAUACAACAUGAGAACCUGGUGCCUCUUCUUGGUUACUGUAAUGAAUAUGAUCAACAAAUUCUUGUAUAUCCUUUCAUGUCUAAUGGCUCUUUGCUAGAUAGACUAUAUGGGGAACCAGCGAAGAGAAAGAUACUAGACUGGCCAACUAGACUCUCUAUUGCUCUAGGAGCAGCUCGAGGUUUGGCAUAUCUUCACACGUUUCCUGGACGAUCUGUAAUACACAGGGACGUAAAAUCGAGCAAUAUACUACUGGACCAUAGCAUGUGUGCAAAGGUUGCAGAUUUUGGUUUCUCAAAAUACGCUCCUCAGGAAGGAGACAGUUAUGUUUCCCUUGAAGUAAGAGGAACCGCAGGGUAUCUGGAUCCUGAGUACUACAAAACCCAGCAAUUAUCUGAAAAGAGUGAUGUUUUCAGCUUUGGUGUGGUUCUACUAGAAAUUGUAAGUGGCCGGGAACCUCUCAACAUAAAGAGACCACGAGUCGAGUGGAGCUUGGUUGAAUGGGCUAAACCAUACAUAAGAGCGUCAAAGGUGGAUGAAAUUGUAGAUCCUGGCAUCAAGGGAGGAUAUCAUGCAGAGGCACUGUGGAGAGUGGUGGAAGUAGCACUGCAAUGUCUUGAACCCUACUCAACAUAUAGGCCAUGCAUGGUUGAUAUUGUCCGCGAGUUGGAAGAUGCUCUCAUAAUCGAAAACAAUGCAUCUGAAUACAUGAAAUCAAUCGACAGUCUCGGAGGAUCCAACCGCUACUCAAUUGUCAUGGACAAAAGGGCGCUUCCUUCAACUACAACUACAGCAGAAUUAACCAUCACAGCUCAAAAUGUGUCACACCCUCAACCGAGAUAG